UAGGGCCCCUCGGGCGGGCGGCAAGGCAGCUCAGUGCGCAGCUAUGGCGGGCGCCCGGCAGCCCUGGCGCCUCGUGCUCCUAGUGCUGUCGCUGCUGCAGCUGCUGCCCAGCCCGGCCGCCCGGCCCGGACCCCGCGAGCGGCUCCGAGUCCUCUUCACCCCGGCUGUGUGCCGCCUGCGCUGCUCCGGGAAUCGCUGCGUGCCCCACUGCGUGCGCGCCAACACCACGAGCGUGGAGAGCGGCGCCCCUGGCGGGGCAGCGCCCGCGGGGCCAGGCUUCCGAGUCUUCUUGUGUCCACUCUUGUGCCACAACGGAGGUGUGUGUGUGAAGAAGGACCGCUGCCUCUGCCCCCCGAACUUCGCGGGCAAGUUCUGUCAGCUGCCUGCCUCUCGCACACGCCACGAGGCUCCCCCACCCCCCGCACCCGGGGUCACCAAGUCGGUGUAUACGCUGCCCCUGGCCAACCACCGGGAGGAAGAAGACGGCGUGGCGUCCCUGGUGAGCGUGCACGUGGAACACCCACAGGAAGCUUCAGUCAUUAUCCACCAAGUGGAGCGUGUGAGCGGCCCGAGGCCCAGCCUGGGCCCGGCGGAGGCUCGGGCCUCGGGAGUGCCCUCGGACCGCGCCGCCCUGUACACCGUGCUGGCUCAGAGCAGCCCUCGUGGGGAGGAGGAAGAGGGCGGGGGUUACACCGACGCCUCGGGCUUCGGCUACUGUUUCCGCCAGCUGCGAGACGGCGAGUGCGCGUCCCCUCUGCCUGGGCUGCGAACCCAGGAGGUGUGCUGUCGAGGAGCUGGAUUGGCCUGGGGCGUUCACGACUGCCAGCCGUGCUCAGAGCACCUGAGCAGCCUUGGUCAGGCGGGAUCCCCAGACGCGGCGUGCCCCACAGGCUUUGAAAGAGUCAACGGCUCCUGCGCCGAUGUGGAUGAGUGCGCUGAGCCAGGGCGGUGCCAACACGGGGAGUGCGCGAACACGCGCGGCGGCUACACAUGCGUGUGCCCCGAUGGCUACCUGCUAGAUUCCUCCCGGAGCAGCUGCAUCUCCCAGCAUGUGAUCUCAGAGGCAAAGGGUCCCUGCUUUCGGGUACUCAGGGCUGGAGGCUGCUCGCUGCCCAUCCUGCGCAAUAUCACCAAACAAAUCUGCUGCUGUAGUCGGGUGGGCAAGGCCUGGGGCCACAGCUGCCAGCUGUGCCCACCUUUUGGCUCAGAGGGUUUCAGGGAGAUCUGCCCAGCUGGCCCUGGCUACCAUUAUUCAGCCUCUGACCUCAGAUACAACACUCGCCCCCUGGGCCAGGAACCACCCCGAGUACCCAUCAGUCAGCCCCGGGUACCUCCACCCGUCACUCCAGCACCCCCUGUCUGGGCCCCCACAGGUAAACCCAGACCCAGACCCAGACCCUGGCCCCAACCCCAACCCAGGCCUGAAGAACCCCUACCCACUGUCCCCAUUCAGCCAAGCCUGGAACUCCCUGAAAGAGGCCCAGUGGCAGGGGGUGUGUGUCAGCGGAACCCCCAGAUCUGUGGCCCCGGGCGAUGCAUCCCCCGUCAGGGUGGUUACACGUGCGUGUGUGACUCUGGCUACUGGCUCAGCACCCAUGGCACACACUGCAUCGACGUGGACGAGUGCAGGCAGAUACCCCGGCCCUGUGCCCACGGACGCUGUGAGAAUUCGGCAGGCAGCUACCGCUGUGUCUGUGCCCCUGGUUUCCGUGCCAGUCCACAGGGCACUGAAUGUCAGGAUGUGGAUGAAUGCACCCAGCAGCCCUGCACCAAUGGCCGGUGUGAGAACACUCCUGGCAGCUUCCUGUGUGUUUGCCCAGCUGGGUACAAGGCUGCUCCCCAUGGAGCCGGCUGCCAAGACAUCAAUGAAUGUGCCCAGAGCCCAGGCCCCUGUGGCUGGGGCCACUGCGAAAACCUGCCUGGCUCUUUCCGAUGUUCCUGCCCACCUGGCUUCCAAGGCCCUGAGUGCGAAGAUAUAGAUGAGUGCGCCCGGGACCCUCCUCCCUGUGGGCCAGGCCGUUGUGACAAUACGGCUGGAAGCUACCACUGUGCCUGCCCUGCUGGAUACCGCUCCCAUGGGCCUGGCGCACCAUGUGUUGACGUGGAUGAAUGCCAGCGAAGCCCCCCACCUUGCAGCUACGGGCGCUGCGAGAACGUGGAGGGGUCCUACCUGUGUACCUGUCCCACGGGCUUCCGGCUCAAUGCAGCAGGCCAGGCUUGUGAGGAUAUAGAUGAAUGUGAAAAUCACGUGGCCUGUCCCGGGCAAGAAUGUGUCAAUUCGCCGGGGUCCUUCCAGUGCCGGGCUUGUCCGGCGGGCCACCGACUGCUCCAGGGGCGCUGCACCGACGUGGACGAGUGCAGUUCAGGUGUACCCUGCGGACCCCACGGGCACUGCACCAACACGGACGGUUCCUUCCGUUGCAGUUGCGAGCCUGGCUACCGGCUUCCACCAGGAGGGAGAUCCGGUCCUUGUGCAGACAUGAACGAGUGCCUGGAGGGAGACUUCUGCUUUCCCCAUGGGGAAUGUCUCAACACUGACGGCUCUUUCGCCUGCACAUGCGCGCCGGGUUACCAGACUGGGCCCCGCGGCUCCUCCUGCCUCGACGUGGACGAGUGCCGAGACGAAAGCCUGUGCCAGGGAGGCCUUUGCACUAACACAGAUGGCUCCUUCGAGUGUGCUUGUCCUCCGGGCUAUCGUGCCAGUCCUGACCUGACGUCCUGCAGCGAUGUGGACGAAUGCCGAGAAGGAGGCUCUGCCCUGUGCGGGAAUCAGCGUUGUGAGAACUCCCCAGGCUCCUAUCGCUGUGUCCGUGACUGUGACCCGGGUUACCAUGCGAGUCCGGAAGGCAACUGUGAUGAUGUAGAUGAGUGCCGGGAAUACGGGCCGGCCCUGUGCGGAGCCCAGCGUUGUGAGAACACCCCGGGCUCCUACCGCUGUGUCCCCUUCUGUGACCCGGGAUACCAGCCCACGCCCAGUGGUGGCUGCCAGGAUGUGGAUGAAUGUAGGAACCGAAGCUUCUGCGGGGCCCAUGCCAUGUGUCAGAACCUGCCCGGCUCCUUCCAGUGUCUCUGCGACCAGGGCUACGAGGGAGCCAGGGAUGGGCGCCACUGUGUGGAUGUGAAUGAGUGUGAGACGCUCCAGGGCGUGUGCGGGGCGGCACUGUGUGAGAACGUGGAGGGCUCCUUCCUCUGUGUCUGCCCCACCAGCACCGAUGAAUUCGACCCCAUGACUGGGCGCUGCGUCCCCCCAAGGCCCCCUGCCAGUGAGUUCCCUGGGGGGAGUCCUCAGCUGCCCUCCAGCCCAGGGCUCCCCGCCCGGCCCCCACCUCCACCGGCUCCUCCUCGGCGGCCUGUUGCACCAAGGCCGGGCCCUGGCCCUGGGGCCAGCAGCGGAAGACGGGAGUGCUAUUACGACACCGCGGCGCCCGACGCCUGUGACAACAUCCUGGCCAGGAACGUCACUUGGCGGGAAUGUUGCUGUACCGUGGGCGAGGGCUGGGGUAGCGGCUGCCGCAUCCAGCAGUGUCCGGGCCCUGAGACAGCGGAAUACCAGUCUCUGUGCCCACACGGCCGGGGCUACCUGUCCCCACCUGGAGACCCCAGCAUCCGGAGAGAUGUGGAUGAGUGCCUGUUGUUUGGGGACCAGGUGUGCAAGAGCGGGGUGUGUGUGAACACGGCCCCCGGCUACUCCUGUUACUGCAGCAACGGCUACUACUACCACACCCAGAGGCUGGAGUGCAUAGACAACGAUGAAUGUACCGAUGAAGAAGAGGCUUGUGAAGGCGGCCAAUGCGUCAACACCAUGGGCUCCUAUCACUGCACCUGCGCCCCCCCACUGGUGCUCGAUGGCUCCCGUCGGCGCUGUGUGACCAACGACAGCCAGAGCCUGGACGACAACCUGGCUGUGUGCUGGCAGGAGGUGGGACCAGACCUGGUGUGUAGCCGCCCACGAAUGGACCGCCAGGCCACAUACACAGAGUGCUGCUGCCUGUAUGGGGAGGCCUGGAGCAUGGACUGUGCUCUGUGUCCCGCCCGAGACUCAGAUGACUUCGAGGCUCUGUGCAACGUUCUUCGCCCACCAGCCUACGGCCCAGCCCGCCCAGGAGGCUUCGGGAUCCCCUACGAAUACGGACCCGACUUUGGACCAGGCUACGGGGGUCUCCCCUACGGGCCAGAGCUGUACCCGCCCCCGCCCCCGCCCGUCCCCGGCCUGGGCUAUGACCCUUACCCGCCUCCUCCGGGUGCCCUGCCCUUCCCCGGCCCGGGGGGCCCCUACGGCCCGCCGCCCUUCGAGGUGCCUGACUUUGCCUCGGUCGCUGCCGGAGCCUAUGGGGAGCCUGAGGGCCGCCCGUCGCCCGACUCGGCCGCCCGCUGGCGCUACCGGCCCCGGGACACAGGCGGCUCCUUCCCGGAGCCGGAGGAGGAGGAGGAGGAAGAGGAGGCCAGAGCCCCCUUCGCUGCUGCCCGCUACGAGCCCUUCGAGGGGCUGCAGGCUGAAGAGUGCGGCAUCUUGGAUGGCUGUGACAAUGGCCGCUGCAUCCGCGUCCCCGAGGGCUACACCUGCGACUGCUUCGACGGCUACCGGCUGGAUAUGACCCGAAUGGCCUGCGUGGACAUCAACGAGUGUGAGGAGGCCGAGGACCGGGCGGCGCUCUGUGUGAACGGACGCUGCCUCAACUCGGACGGCUCGUUCCGCUGCCUCUGCCGGGCAGGCUACAUGCCGUCCCACCAGCCUCACCGCUGCGUCCCUGCCCGCCCCCAGGCCUGAGCCGGCUCAUCCCACCCGCCCUGGACCUGGCUGAGCCCCGGACAGCCUGCUUCCGUCAGGGCCGUGGCCCCAGGCCCGCCCCAUCUACUGUAUCUCCCCUCCCCGCCACCCUCUGCACACACGCGUGUCCCGCCCCGCACGCCCGCUUCGCCUCACUCGUCUGCUCCAACGCACAGGGACACGUGACUGGAUGGAGAGGGGCAGAGGGACAGACGGACGCCACUCUAGACGCAGGCCCAGCACCUCAGCCCGGGGCCCUCUGGGAGGCCCAGAGACAUGAGUACCUGAGUCCUGGCUUCUCCCCUCCCACCCCCCCAACAGUCCCCUUUUUUUUUCAAUAAAGUUCCUUUUUCUA